AUGGACAUUGCAUCAGACGCCGCAGAGUAUAAAGUUAUCAUCCUAUCCAGAAAUGUUAUUUGGAGAGUCAAGAAAAUCAGUGGGGCAAAGAAAUUUGCCCUAGUCGCCAUAUCCCUCUUAACGACCGCCAUCAUCGCUGUAGCACUUACUCGCAUGGAGGUAGGAUUACGCUCCAAGAAGAGUUACCAUGACCCUGCCUUCUCAUCGUUCUAA